AUGGAUUCAGGGAAUCAUACAGAUGUGAAGGAAUUCAUACUCCUUGGUUUAACAGAUAAUCCCAGUUGGCAAGUUCCUCUCUUUUUGCUUUUCAGCAUAAUUUAUUUCAUCAUUUUUGUGGGUAAUUGGGGGAUGAUCUUCUUGAUCUGGUUGAACACCCACCUUCAUACCCCAAUGUACUUCUUUCUUAGUAACCUCUCCUUCUGUGACAUCUGCUACUCUACUGUUAUUGCUCCUAAGAUGCUCAUUAAUUUCCUAUCAGAACACAAGUCUACUAGGGUGUUUGCCUGCAUUCUGCAGAGUUUCUUUUUUGCAGUUUAUGUAACAGUAGAAGUAACCUUCCUGUCUAUGAUGGCUUAUGAUCGUUAUGUGGCAAUUGCAAACCCCUUAAUGUAUACAGUUAUUAUGACACACAGCAUCUGCAGUCAGAUGGUUCUUGCAUGUUACUUAUGUGGCCUCAUUAAUUCCCUGACUCACACAAUGGGUUUACUCAGACUGGACUCCUGUGGUCCCCACACUGUGAAUCAUUUCUUCUGUGACAUCCCUCCUCUUUUGAAGCUUUCAUGCUCUGAUGCACACAUCAAUGAGAUGCUGCUUUUGGUCUUCUCUGGAGGGAUUGCUAUUUUCACUUUCAUUAUUGUCAUGGUGUCCUAUAUCCACAUUAUCAUUGCCAUCCUGAGAAUCCACUCAACCGAGGGGAGGUGCAAAGCCUUCUCUACUUGUGCCUCACACUUGACAGCUGUGACAUUAUUUUAUGGUUCUGGGACAUUUAGCUAUAUCCAGCCAAGCUCUCAGUACUCUAUGCAACAGGAAAAAGUCUCUGCUGUGUUUUAUACCUUGGUCAUCCCCAUGCUGAAUCCUCUGAUUUACAGCCUGAGGAACAAGGAGGUGAAGGAAGCAGCAAAGAGGUUGACAUGUGGGUGGAGGAACAACUCUUGA